AUGCGUCGGCGAUCCGAUCCCCGAGGGCAAGCCCUUCGUCCGAAUCUUCUCGUCGUCGAUCGACGGGGACGUGGGUCCAUCCGUUCGUCGCAGAUGACGCUAGCUUCCUCUGGAAUGAUCGGUUUUCUGUGCGUGUCGAAGAUACACGAAGCCGUCGGCCACGCAGAUGCAUGCAUUCGACCUCCCGCGAAGGAGUAUGCCUUUCCACUUCGGAGCGGCACUUCAUCCAUCCUCUUCGGCUCCGUCGUGACCGGGCCGUUGUCGUCCUUGGGGUCUCUUCCGUCUCUUCUGAUCUUCCGGCAACGAGAUUUCCUUUCUUCUCUCGGGGCAUUCUCAUGCAGGACGCCGGUAUCGGUUGAGGAGACAGAAGGUUCCAUUCAGCCGAAAUUGGAAUGCCCAACUGAUGAUCCAAGAACAAGGGAGUUUCUCCCAUCUCUCUUUGGAAUCUCAUCACUACUGGAAUCAGCAUCUGGUCACUUCCCUCCUGCAUUCCCUUCUCCUCAAGAUUUCUUCACACCUGUUGCAGGGCUUGAUCUGAGUGAAGGAGAUGUGUCCAAGCUCAGAGGUGCUGCCAAUGUCAGUUGUCAAGAAAGAGAAAGACCACGAAAACCUCGAAGCCACCGGAACAGAAUGGUAUCAAGAGAUAGGAUGAAUGAAGGAAUUAGUGGUCUUGGAAAUUUGGAAACCCAGGAGAGCCUGGCUCUUCGUCAACGAUAUCAGAAUUCACUGUCCCGAAAUCGGGUGUAUGCUCGUCAAAAACGAAUGGAGCUACGUAUGAACAACCCAGAAUUAUACGAGGAGCAGAAGCGCAAAACUCGAGAAACGGUUCGGCAGAGAAGAAUGGAACUGCGUCGAGACCCGCAGCUUUAUGAGGACUACAAGAAGAGACAGCGAGAGCGAAUGAAAGAACGCAGGGACUUCUUGCGAGUCACAAAUCCUUCUGCUUAUGAGGCCUACAAGAAGAAACAACGGGAAAGAGUCAAAGCAAAGCGUCAUGCAUUGAUGGAAGACCCCGUCCAGGCUGCCCUUAUACGAGAGCGAAAUAGAGUUCAGGCAAGAGAGAGGAGAAUGAGAAAGAAAAUGGGUUUUGUGAUUUCAUCCUCUGAUGCGCUGAGAAGCACCAGCAACAGCAGUGCUGGUUCCUCUGACUCUUCCAUGUCUUCCUCUCCCUCUUGUGCUGAGUCAUGGAGAAAGGGAAAUGUGAUGAAUGGAACUCAGAGAGUGCCGAGUGCAGAGCAAUUGAUGGCAUCCAAAUCCCCCGCCAAGCCUUCCUUUCCGCAUGUAGGCCUACAACCAGUUCCCAUCGCACUUUGGCCUUCAUCUCCAAACCUAGGACAGGCGGUGAGUGUGGGAACCAGUUUGAUGCAUGCCCGAGCUCAGCAACAAAGACAAUUGACUGGCUCUGGCAUUGGCACAAACAUCAAUGGACUGGAAGUGACAGUAGGGCCCCCUCGCAUGUCUACGUUUCCUCCAUCUUCUGCCCCUCAACCACCUCCAUCUUCGAGCAGCAACAAACAAGCUUUGAACUUGACUGAGUUGAAGGCAUUGAACUGCAGCCACAAUGGGAAUGGAAAUCAUGCAAAAAUGUGCAGUUCGGUGCACUGUGAGGAGUGUGGCCAUGGUGAAGGGGCGUACAUGACCGCCGAAUGGCGGAUGGACUGUGAUACACCAAGAGAAAUCUCCAGUUCAGUCUGAUGACUCCUGUCCCAUCCUUCCUCAUUUAGUACUCCACUGUAUUCCAUUAUAGUAUUUAUACAAAUAUGUCGCAUGGCAUUAUGUAGGCCUUUAGCCAUUGGGAGGAUACAAGGGUUCUAUUUUGUACCUGAGACCAGUGUUGGACAAGUUCUCCCAUCAUGCCCAGUAUCAUUUGGUUGUCACAUGCCUGAAUUUACUCUCAUACCCCAGUUUUGUAAAUGCAGCUGCAGCAGCUUGCUGAACUUCCUUCAUAUACUUUGUCACCUUGCAGUGUAUUCCAGAUCUAAAGUUCUCAGAUGCAUUUAUAUUCAAAUAGUUUAGUGAUACUUUACUGCCCUUUCAAGGAUAAAAUAGGUUUUCCAAGGAUUUGGGACCUUAGCCCUGUAGUGGUUUGCUGUCCAAAAAUAGGAUUUUUAACUUGAAAGAGAUAACUAUCACUGAGGAGCCUCCUGAAACUGCAAAGUGUGUUUGUCAUCUUGGGAUGAAAAGAUUCCAUUGUAAAGCUGCUGAUCUGAUUGAAGUCUGAAUUCUCCCCUUACCUGUAUGCCCAAAUGACCAUUAAAUUCAGUCAAUUUUUCUGCUGUACCAAAGAAUCCCCUUUGUAGUUACAAUUAAUUUAAUUUUGAUGUAGUCCCAUAUCUCCCAUUGAAUGGCCAUUAAUAGAUGAAUUCAUUGGAGGGUCCUAAUUCUAGUGAGGUAUUAAGUAACAAUAGGAAUUGUGAGAAAGAACAAUUAAGUAUCUAGUAUGCAGCAGAAUUGCACUUAAGGGUUAUGUUUACUACUUCAGAUUGAGGGAGCUCUUUUGUUCUGCUAGGAACCUUGUCACAACAUAAAAUGAAUCUAUGCAAAUGAUGAAGGAAAUAGUUAAAUUUUACAGUUCUGCAUACUCAAUAUAUUCAACAGCCCAUAGCUUUAGUCCCUCUACUGCUUUAUGGCUUAUCAUUUGUGGGAUCUUCUGCAUCCACUCCCAUCAGGAAAGUCCAUAUCUCAUCUGGUAAAUUUAGGCCUGGAAUGCAUUGUAUGCAUAUGAAGGACUCAGGGACAUCCUCAGAUUCAUUUUAUGACCUUGUGCAAGAAUUUCAAAGUCAUGAGAGACAUGCCAUGCUCACUUAUGACACUUAAAGGGGUGAUUUUUGUGCAGAACAUGGCUGCAGAUGAGCACCAUUAUAAUAAUAAAAAAGGUAAGUGGUUUGGGUUUGACAUUUCAAAGAUUGACUGAUGGAUGACAUUGAUGAAACUUAGAGACAGUGGUAGUGUGCAUAACAGUUUUGUUCUGUGAGUUGGUGCGUUUAAUGUGACUGUGGUUUAGUUGCCAGGAUGAACAAAAAUGCUGGAAAAUAUGGUACUUCCGGAGCUGUGAAUGGAAUCACCCAAGGAGUUCCUCUCUAAUAAUUCAGGCUUUUGUUCUUGCCCAGCAGGACCUCUCUAAGACAUCCUGUUCUUGCAGAAAUUUUUCAUUUCUAGAUAUGUGACACACAAAGCAUUCUUUUCUAACUUUGCAUUUCCAUCAUUGACUAAGGGGCAGGGAUAGGGAUGGUGUUGUCUCUCAUGGUUUUGACAUACUUGCAAAAUACCUCUGAGGUGAGUUUCAGUAUGCUUGAUACAAUGCAAAUAAAAAGAGAGGAAGAAAAUGCUCACAUAAGUGGGCUCUGUCAAGACCCUUCCAUUUCUUGCUUGAGACUUUAGGGAAUGCAUCAUAUUUCCCUCAUUCCUUCAGUUGAUGCAAAAUCACUAUAGAAUUUUUGCAUUGUGGUGCCCCACUGCUAUGACUUCCUUAUCCAAUCUAAUUUUAUUUUGCAAAUGAGUGAUUCAUACUGAAUAGCCUGUUUCAUGCCAAGUUGCCUCAUGGAUGAAGUCCAAGUGAGUGAAGAGCUCUGACACUUACUCCCAAUUGCAACACUUUCAUGCAACUGCAUUUACAUUGAUUGGAAUGUACCAAAAAGACCAACCAGC